AUGCCUAAGGUCAAGUGCUCGUUCGAGGACUGCAAGUCGGUUGCUCAGCGCAUCGUGGGCGACUGCACCUUCUGCGAGGGCUCUUUCUGCAAGAACCACCGCCUACUAGAAGACCACAAGUGCCAGAACCUCGAAGACUGCAAGAGGGAAGCGUUCGAGCAAAACGCGAUGCAGCUCAACAAGGAGCGGACGCAGGUCAUCAAGACCGCAUAG